GCCGAUACGAUGGAUACGGUUGCAUUCGGACGCGAAUGGCUGACAAUCGAGUAUGCCUCACCUUGCUAUUUCGCCAUUCUGCCAACGGAUACUGUACCUAAUAAGGCAGCUCAGUUUGGAUUGGGCGUGCGAACAACUCUAUCUUUCAUGUAAAGCCCAGAUUACGACAUUACAGGCGUGGAAGCAGGACCAAUCUGGUGGACGAGGAUGAGAGGCUGUGUAAGUGAGUUGCCAUUGCUUACCAUUCACCGGAGAUUGAUGAUGAGGAUAUGGUCAUGGGUGAGAAGAACUUUUGAUCGGUUAUCCAAACGAGAUGGACGUUGCCCGAGCCAUGAGGAUGCUUGUUGAACCCGGAGUCUUCGUUAUCAUGUCAACUCUCAACUAUAAAUAGGUUUACUCAUCGCCCGUCUUGGAUGUGGCAGCUCUCCAUUGUCUCCAAGCAUCUCAUUCAAUCCUCCGAUCUGCCUGUUCUCAAAAUGAAGUUCAUCUCUGGUCUCAUUGCCCUCGCUGCCUUGGCCUCUGCCGCCCCUGGCAAGGCUCCCACUCCCCUCGACAUCAAGCUCGAGGGUGCUGGUAACGCUGAAAUCAAGGCUGUCAUUACCAACACGGGCAAGAACAACUUGAAGAUCUUCAAGACCGGUACCAUCUUGGACAGCGCCCCCGUUGAGAAGGUUACAAUCAGCUCUGGUGAGCACAUCGUCGCUUUCGACGGUGUUCGUCAGCGCAUCUCUACUCAGAACUUGGCUGAGGAUGCCUUCCAGCACAUCGCUGCCGGAGAGUCGAUCGAGGUGACCUUUGACAUUGCCGAGGCCCACGACCUCUCCAUUGGCGGCAAAUACGACAUCCAGUCCGUUGGUGCUUUCUCCUUUGCCCAAGAGGAGUCCAACGAACUUGUUGGCUCUGUGCCAUUCGAGACCAACAAGAUUGAGAUUGAAGUCGACGGCGAGGAUGCCUCUGCUCGCCGCGUUGCCUUCCACCAGAAGCGCACUCGCGUCCAGAGCGACUGCACCGGCAGCAAGCUCUCUGUUACUCAGACCGCUCUCCGCAACUGUGCCUCCGUUGCCCAGCUCGCCCAGCAGGCCGCCGCCUCUGGCGCUGCUGCCAAGCUCACUGAGUACUUCAAGUCUUCCACCAGCAGCGUGCGAAGCACCGUCUCCGGCGUUUUCAGCCGCGUGCUCUCCGAGUGCAGCUCAACCAGCAGCGGUGUUGCUAGCUACUACUGCUCCGAUGUCCUCAGCUCGUGCUCCUCAAACGUGCUGGCAUACACUCUCCCCAGCUCAAGCCUGAUGGUCUACUGCAACCUCUACUUCACGGCUCUCCCCGCGCUGACCCGAUCCUGCCAUGCUCAGGAUCAGGCCACCACUAACAUCCACGAGAUUACGCACUUGAGCCAAGUAAAGGGCACCCAAGACUACAACGGAUAUGGAUACAACUUUGUCCGCAGUCUGACUGCUGCGCAGAACCUCAACCACGCUGAUACUUAUGCGCUCUUUGCCAAUGCCAUCUAUGCUGGCUGCUAAGCGUGACGCUGAGAAAAAUGAAAAGAUUUGGCUUGAUUCAGGUUAGGAAAUAUGAUCUACACUUGGAUAUUGCGAUUGAAUGAAUGAUGUAUGAGAUGAAAUGAGAUGAAUGAACAAAAGGGUUGAUGAAAGACUGCGCGUUGGUACAUGAUACAACUUACAUAUGUACAUAGUCACCAUAGCCCACAAUUAUGAUUGAAAAAUACCUAUCCUUUGCCGGAUGAAAU